AUGGCCGGGCCUGCAAAUAAUAUGAGGAAGACAGAAGUGUCAAGUUUGGUUGGGAAGCUUGAGGUAGAUGUUGACAUCAGAGCUUCUGCUGGGAAGUUCCAUCACAUGUUUGCUGGGAGACCACACCAUGUCUCCAAAGCAUCUCCAGGCAACAUUCGGAGUUGUGAUCUGCAUGAAGGAGAAUGGGGAAAAGUUGAUGGGGAGGCAAAGGUAGCGAAAGAAAGGAUUGAGGCAGUGGAGCCGGAGAAAAAUCUGAUCACUUUUAGGGUGAUAGAGGGAGACUUAUUAAAAGAGUAUAAGAGUUUUGUGAUCACGAUCCAUGUGACUCCUAAACAGGGAGGACGUGGGAGUACAGUUCACUGGCACGUUGAGUAUGAGAAAAUUGACGAAAAAAUUGCUCACCCUGAGACCUUCAUUGACUUCUGUGUUCAAGUUUCCAAAGAGAUCGACGAACAUCUCCUGAACGAGGACUAG